UUUUGAAUAUUAAUUUAAUAGCUCUUUACUCCCAAUUUUCAACUCUCUUUUCUCUCCAUCCAAACGGCGAUUUAGCCAUUACACGCACAACAAUGGAGCAAUUCAAAACCCUAGAAAUCGUCCAGAAGACUCCAAACUCCCGCGUCUUCCACCUCUACCUCAACCGUCCAUCCCAUGGAAAUGCUCUCUCUCCCGACUUCUUCUCCGAAUUCCCUAGAGGCCUCGCCGCCCUCGAUCAAAACCCAGACGUCAACGUAAUCGUCCUUUCCGGUGCGGGGAAACACUUCUGUACCGGAAUCGACCUGUCAUCCCUGGGAUCUGUCAACUCCCACUCCGGAGACCGCGGCCGCUCCGGAGAGAAGCUCCGUCGACAUAUCAAGUUCCUCCAGGACUCGGUCACCGCAGUCGAGCAGUGCCGGAAGCCCGUAGUCGCCGCCGUACACGGGGGGUGUAUCGGCGGUGGUGUUGACAUCCUGACCGCCUGCGACAUAAGGUUUUGCACAGAGGACGCGUUCUUCUCGGUCAAGGAGGUGGACUUGGCUAUAACCGCCGACCUCGGGACGCUUCAGAGGUUGCCCGCUAUAGUCGGGUACGGCAACGCGAUGGAGUUGGCUCUUACGGGUCGGAGGUUCUCGGGUUUGGAAGCCAAGGAGUUGGGUCUGGUAUCCAAAAUUUUCAGUUCCAAAGGCGAAAUGGACAAAGAAGUCGGACUCCUUGCCGAAGGAAUUGCAGCCAAGUCUCCACUAGCAGUCACAGGGACAAAAGCGGUGCUACAAAGAAGCAGGGACCUGAGUUUGGAACAAGGGUUGGAUUACGUUGCCACAUGGAACUCUGCUAUGCUGGUCUCCGAUGAUUUGACGGAGGCAGUCUCGGCACAUACCCAGAAGAGAAAGCCUGUUUUCGCCAAGCUCUGAUCGUGUUUUAAGCUACAACAUUAAAUAAAGCUACCUUUCUCACUGUCCUAAACUAAACACGAUGUGUUGUGUUUGUAAUUGGAAAUUGCUAAGCAGAUUACUACCA